AUGUCCAAACUCAUCGUCAUAAUCGGCAUAACCGGCAACCAAGGCUCCUCCGUCGCUCACACCUUCCUCUCCUCCCCAACCUGGCGCAUCCGCGGCCUAACCCGCCACCCCACCUCGCCCACCUCGCAGCACCUCUCUUCCCUCGGCAUCGAGAUGAUACAAGCAGACCUACACGACCCGUCUUCUCUCUCGCGCGCCUUUGACGGCGCAAAUUUGAUCUUCAGCGCCACAGACUUCUGGACUCCGUUCUUCACUCCUUCCAACGCUGCUCGCGCAGCGGAGCUCGGCAUACCAAUUGGACGGUUGGCGUACGAGCUUGAAGCCGAGCAAGGACGCAAUAUCGUAGAUGCCGUAGCGAAAGUUGUGGACGGACUGGAUGAGGUGGGGUUUGUGGCGAGUACGUUGUGCAACGCCCGCGAGAGCAGCGAAGCUAAGUAUAAAGAGUUGUGGCAUUUUGAUGGUAAGGCAGAUGUUUUUCCAAAGUAUGUGAAGGAGAAGUAUCCGGAGGUCGCCAAGAAGACGAGUUACUUGCAUACGGGGUAUUUUUAUACGAGUUGGAGGUAUAUGCCUAAUCGGUGGUUUGCAAAGUUGCCUGAUGGCUCGGUUCAGAUGCAGUCUCCGACGUCUCCGGAUACGCUGAUACCGCAUCUCCAUCCCCGGACGGAUGUUGGUCCUUUUGUACAAGCCAUGUUGAAGCUGCCUCCAGGGUCGACGGUCAUGGCUGCGAGCGAAUGGUGCACAUGGCCGGAUUGGAUCAAGACUUGGGGUGAGGUGACUGGGGUGAAGACUAGUUACAAGCAAGUUAGCGUUGAGGAUUUCGACAAGGAAAUACCUGGAGGUGCAGGUAAGGAGAUUGGAGAAAUGUUUGAGUUUUCGAGUACUUGGGGGUACAAUGCAAAUCAAAAGGAUACGUUGAUGACGUGGGAUCUGGAAAAGAUGGGCGUACACGUUCCGACAAUGAGCUUGAAGGAGUAUUGUAAAAAGGAAGAUUGGGUUGCCGCGGGCAUAUUGGCUCCCUGA